UCUCUUCUUCUUCUUCCCCAAUACCCAACACAAUGUAUGGACAGCCGCCGCGCUUCCCUCAUGGCGGCAACGCUUAUGGGACUCCUCCGUCAAGGCAACAACAUCCUCAGUAUCCAUCGCACCCAUAUCCGUUCACUGGCAUGUCCCAAAACCCCGAUUUUCAUAGUCAAUAUCCUAAUCAAAGGUUUCAACCUCAAUCUUCGACAUCGAAUUUAGUGAACGAUAAUAUACACCGUGCUGUUACAAACGCACAAAUGAAUUUAAUAGUCGCCAGAGAAAACGUGUCGGCAUGGAAGGUCUCUCAGGCUGCCCUGGUUUCCCUUCGAGUGGAAUCGUGGGAAUCAUUGGGAGUUCAUUUACAACAAAUACCUGCUCUUCACCACCUUAUACUGACAGAAGGGAAGGUCAAUGAUUUUAUCCAUUGCUUUGUAGCAGUCCAAGGUAUUACUUCCUUGUAUGAUUUGGAACAGUCUAUUUGCAAGAAUGAGGGUGUUCAAAACUUUGAAGAACUAAAACUGGGUCCUUUACUACGGCAUCCACUUGUAAUGAAUUACUUUUCUGCAAGUUGUAAUACGAAUGAGAUAGUAAAGAUAACAAGUGAAGAAGUAAUUUCUUGCCUUCGUGAGUUUUUGGAUACUCAAGAAGGUAUAGAAAUUAAGGUUGAAGAACUUUUGGAUUUUAUUGCCAUGAAGAAAUCAUUAUCUUGCAAAGAAAAGCUUACAAUUCGUGUGCAGAAUUUGGGGAAGUAUAUUGUUCAUAUCCGUAGAGCUAUAAAAUUUGAGAAUGGUUCACUAGAGAAAAGUUUGAGCACGAAAACACAUAAAUGCCCUGUACCUGUUGACAUUUCGAUCACAGAAACACAAAAACGCCCUCUAUCUGUGGAAAGUUUGAAGGAAUUAAAGCUGAAAGCAAACCAGAAAGGCCGAAAACGCCCCCUCUUUACAUCCAAUAAAAAGCAGAUCGAUCCUCGUUUAGAAGCGAGACUCAAAUCCUUUUCAUUGUCCAAUGAUAUUUUCACUGGGAAGCAUACAAGGUUUAUUUCAUCCAGUUCCGAGGAAGAUGAUAGUGAUUAUGAACAAUAUGAGGACAACACUGUUACUAAUGCACAAACUCCUAUCAAAUUGUCAUCACCGAUUGCAAGCAGCGCUGACCGACAAAGUAGAUGUCCAUACCCAUCAGCAACUGAAGAGAUGACACGGCUUGGGUUGAGUAAUGAAACAGAUGCUAGUGCUUCUCACGCUUUCAGGAAAAAUAAACAAAAUGAAACUAAUGAGAAAUCACAGAAGAAAAGAAAAAAAUUGCUUAAACCAACAGGCCAAACAAAACACAAGAUGCAGAAGUGUCAACCUCUUAUAGCUGAUGAUAAGAUGACGAAGUUCGUAAAUUGUGAUGGAGAAGGUAUCGAGCUUUCUAGUGAAUCAUUGAGGACAUUCGUCACAAUGUGGAAGCAGACGUGUGCGGACAAUACUGUAACUGGGGUUUUGAAAGAAAUGUCCAAAUGGGGUAAUAUGUCUGAUAAAGAAAGGAAGAAAGUCAAGUUGAUAUUGUCAGCAUAUCCAUUUGUUGGGUUACUAAAUGUUGCUGUAGCAUCUAUCAGAAGUGGCAUGUGGGAUAGCAUGUAUGACACUUUGCAAGCUCUUAACCUAUCAGAAGUUGCUCAAGAGCCUUCUGCAACAGAAUAUGAAAAUAUUGAGGUCGAAUCAGAUGAAAAAGAUAGGGUCACUAGUAUGGUGGAGAAUGAACACAGUAUCUCAGUGAAAGACCUAUCAAAAAAAGUUUUAGAAUACUUUCAGCUUCAUAAUGGUGCCAUAAGAAGUACCACUUCAUUUUUGAAUCUAUUGAAGGAACUGUGCAAUUGUAAAUUGUGGCUGAUGAAGCAGUUCUCUGUUCAGAAUUUUGCAAUACUUGGUUACCAGGAUUUCUUCAUGUUUAUAGAGAAGAAUUUAUCUCUUCUACCUAAUGUGUUACAGAAACUCUUUACUCAAGAUAUAUGUGUCAAUCAUUUGGAGGUUAGUGUGCUUGAGAGUCAACUGUCUCUGUUAUUGUCACAAGCUACAAAUAAUUUUGGAAACGAGAAAAUUACCAAUGAGAUGGUCUCUGUGCUGCUUCGGAGGCAGUUUCCUUCAGUGAGUUUAACUAUUAAAGGUGACUUCAAUGAAUCUUCUGAUAGUGGGAAAGGGAACAGUGGUAACCGCAAUUCAUCAUCUGUUCUAUUUUCUGCUUGUUUGUUAGGAGAUUGCCAUAAGGUCUCUACAAAUGAGGAAGAUUUACAGAAAUCUGGAUUGGAUACCAGUAUAGACCAUGAAGCUGAAGUAUUUUGUCGUCUUACUACAAAAGAUGUAACGAAAGUGAUACUAAAGUCACCAAUGUUGCUGGAUCUGGCUUUAUGGACACACUGGGAUAUGAUGUAUGCUCCCUCACUUGGUCAUCUCUUGGAAUGGGUGUUGAAUGAAGUCAAUAGCAAGGAGCUUAUGUUUUUGGUUACUAAGGAUGGAAAAGUAAUUCGAAUUGAUCCGGAAGCCACCUUAGAUUCGUUCUUAAAAUCUCUUCUUGAGGGGUCUGCUUACAAAACUGCUGUUUCAUUGCUGUCUUUGUUUGCAAUAUAUGGAGGUGAAGGUCACAUUCCUUUGCGUCUUCUCAAAUGCCAUGCAUGUCAAGCAUUUGAAGUACUUAUGAAGAACCAUACUGAGUAUGUAGUGAAUGAUGAUCCCUCUUUUCUCAUGCAAGGAUAUUCCUCGUUUGGGCAAGGAAUGCCUGCCCUUGAUUUGCAGAGUGUACAUAAGAGCAAAAGCGACGAUACCAAAUCCAUUAACAUUGCAUCAAGUUUUGUCAUCAACUGUCUAGGUUAUCUACCUACAGAGUUCCGUUACUUUGCUGCAGAAGUAUUGCUCGAUGGACUGAAGUCUAUUGCCAAAGAUUCUUAUACAAAUUCCUUAUUGUGUGAAUGUAGGCAAAUAGGGCAGAGAGUAAUGCUUCAUGAUAUAGGACUUUCUUUGGGUAUAGUAGAGUGGAUUGAUGAUUACCAUGUGUUUUGUUCUUCUGUAACUACUCGCUUGGCUGGUUCUGAGACAGUCAUGAAUCCUACUUCUCCACUUGAUUCAGAUAAGCAUAACCUAGAACAAAAUGAGGUUGAAGACAAGGUGAAUUACAAGGAGACUUCUGAAGACUGUCCUCGUCAGGUUAAUCAACAAGUAAAUGAGGUCGGAAAUGAAAAUGGGGCAGUUGGUUUUGUUGAGUCUAUACGCCGAGUAGAAUUUGGGUUGUAUCCAAGUCUCUCUGACACGGAGAGAUGCAUGUUGAUGAAGCAACAUGCUCGUUUAGGCAGAGCACUGCAAUGCCUUUCACAGGAAUUGUACUCUCAGGAUUCACAUUUUCUGCUUGAGCUUGUUCAAAAUGCGGAUGACAACGCCUACCCAGAAAAUGUGGAACCAACUUUGACAGUUAUUCUACAGGAAAAGGGCAUCGUCAUUAUGAACAAUGAGAAGGGAUUUUCUGCUGAAAAUAUUAGAGCUCUUUGUGAUGUUGGCAAUUCAACGAAAAAGGGCUCAAAUGCUGGAUAUAUUGGGAAGAAGGGCAUUGGAUUCAAAUCUGUCUUCCGGAUUACUGAUGCCCCAGAAAUACAUUCUAACGGGUUUCAUAUCAAGUUUGAUAUAAGUGAGGGGCAGAUUGGCUUUGUUCUACCUACUGUUAUACCUCCUUGUGAUGUUAACUUAUUUAAGAGAAUGGCCUUCUGUGACAAUGAUGAAACGGACAACAAUUACUGGAAAACUUGCAUUGUGCUUCCCUUCAAAUCAAUAACAUCUGGAUCUUCUUCCAUGAACAACAUCAAGUCUAUGUUUUCUGAUCUUCAUCCAUCCUUGUUGCUUUUUCUUCACCGUCUUAAAUGUAUCCGAUUUAGAAACUUUCUUGAUGAUUCCUUAACCGUGAUGAGGAAAGAAAUUGUUGGGCAGGGUCUUGUAAAUGUUUGUCUAGGCAAAGACAAAAUGACUUGGUUCGUUGCAUCUCAAAAAUUGCAACCUAUGAAUAUUCGCCCUGAUGUUCUAACAACAGAAAUCUCAAUAGCGUUUACACUGCAUGAAUCAGAUGUUGGAACAUACAUCCCCUGUCUGGAUCAGCAGCCUGUGUUUGCUUUUCUUCCCUUGCGACAAUAUGGUCUAAAAUUCAUUAUACAGGGAGAUUUCACCCUCCCCUCGUCAAGAGAAGAAGUUGAUGGGAAUAGUCCCUGGAAUCAAUGGUUGCGAUCAAACUUCCCUGAUUUAUUUGUUAAGGCAGAGCAUUCUUUUUGUUCCUUGCCAUGUUAUCGUCAGAAUUUAGGGGAGGCUGUUACUGCCUUUAUGAGUUUUGUUCCUCUUCCAGGUGAUGUUCAAGGUUUCUUUUCAAGCCUUCCAAGGCUAAUUAUAUCCAAGUUACGUUCAUCAAACUGUUUACUUCUGGAAGGUAAUAGUGAUGACUGGUUUCCUCCAUGCAAAGUUAUAAGAAAUUGGAACGAACAAGCCUGUCAUCUUUUACCCAAUAGGUUGCUUCAUGAGCACCUUGGUCUUGGAUUCCUGGAUAAAAAUAUAAAGUUAUCAGAUUCAUUAGCAAGAUGUCUGGGGAUUGAGGACUAUGGACCCAAAGUCUUACUCAAGAUAAUAUCUUCUUUGUGCUACUCAAAGAGUGGCAUCUCAUCUAUGGGGCUAGUCUGGUUAUCUUCUUUGCUUAGUUCCCUCUAUAUGAUGGUGUUCAGUACUAGUCAAAAUUCUGAAAACCAGAUGACAGCUUUAGAUCUUAUAAGCAACCUAAAAGGAAUGCCCUUGAUUCCUCUUUCAGAUGGGACCUAUAGCUGCAUGGAUGAAGGUACAAUUUGGAUACAUUCUGAUGUCUUACAUCCUGGAUCAGAAAAUGAGGAUGUUUCAGCAACUUUUUCACUACUGUAUUCUAAACUUCGGACAGUGAGCCCUGCACUUUUUUCUACUGCUGCUAGUAUUGAUUCUUCUUGUUUGGAAACAUCUGUCUUGGAUAAUGUGACUAGAAUGCUUCAGAAACUUGGUGCCCAACGGUUGUCAGCACAUGAUAUUGUGAAGCUAUAUGUCUUGCCAACAAUUUCUGAUGAUAACGUUUCUAAAUUAAGUACAGGUUUGAUGAUAGAACACCUUGCCUUUUUGAUGUUCCAUCUGCAAUCAAGUUGCCCCAACUGUCUAGCUGAGGACAGUGAAAUUACUUCUGUUUUAUACAACAAAGCCCUCAUUUCAACGAAUUAUGGCUACAAACGCCCUACAGAAGUGCCACUUCACUUCGGUAAAGAAUUUGGGAAUCACAUUGACUUGAAUAUCUUAAUUGAAGGCAUACUUUUGAAUUGGCACGAGGUUGAUGUAGCCUACCUGAAUCAUCCUGUAACUGUUUUAUUACCUGAUGGAAUGAUGAAGUGGCGGGAAUUCUUUAAAAAAUUGGGUGUUUCCGACUUCUUCCAGGUAGUUUCAGUUGAGAAACGCAUUGGUGAUAUACCUCCCCAUGUCCUGACAGAUCUCAUAGGGGAACAUAAUCUGAUAUCUGAUAGAGCAAUUAUUAAAGAUUGGGAAUCACCAGAAUUGGUGCAGUUGUUGUCUUAUUUGUCAUCAAAUGGUGAUAGAAUUAGAUGUCAAUUCUUGCUUGAGUCACUUGAUAUUCUCUGGGAUCAGUGUCUUGGUGAUAAAACAAUGGGUUAUUGCAUGAUGGGUGAUUCCAGUGACAAGAAGAAAAUGUUCAAUUCUUCUUUCUUACGUAGCCUUUGUGGGACUAAAUGGUUGGUAUCAAGUUUGGACAAUGAGCUUCAUUAUGCAAAAGACAUAUUUUGUGACUGUGAUGCAGUACGCUCCAUUCUAGGUGCCUUUGCUCCAUAUGCAGUUCCAAAGGUGAAAAGUGAGAAGCUUUUGCUUGAUAUUGGAUUGAAAACUAAAGUUGAUCUUCAAGACAUCUUGGAAGUUGUUCGAGCCUGGAGGAAAUCCAAUACCACAUUUAAUGCUAGCAUAGCACAGAUGACAAAUUUUUACUCCUUCAUUUGGAGCGAAAUGUCUACUUCAUCAAGGCACCAGACUCUUGAUGAAUUGAAGUCACUGCCUUUCAUUUUUGUCCCAUAUUCCGGUUAUUCUAGUAUACAUGAUAUUGUUCCUGGCCUCCUUUUGUCUGCGACAGAAGUUUAUUGGGAAGACUCAACAGGUUCUGUGAACCAAAUCAAGGAGAUAAAUAGAAGCCUUUACUCGGGAUUUACCGAUAAUUCUUUCUGCAAGAUUCUGCAUAAUAUCUAUCCAAGCCUUUAUACCUUUUUUGUGAAGGAUUGUGGAGUAAAUACGAUUCCUAAUUUCCGUGACUACCUUCAAAUUUUACAGAAGUUGACUUCUGUUGCUUUACCAUCACAAUCUGCUAAUAUUGUUUUCCAAAUCUUUUUGAAAUGGGCUGAAGGACUUAAUAGUGGAGAAUUGACCUUGGGUGAUAUUCAAUAUCUGAAAGAGUGUCUAGUCAAACCCGAAUGUUCAGUUCUACCCACUGUGCUAGAUAAAUGGGUUUCACUUCACUCAUCCUUCGGCAUUGUCUGUUGGUGUGAUGAUGAAAAACUGAAGAAAGAGUUUAAGAAUUUAGAGAAUAUUUACUUCUUAUACUUUGGUGCACAUGACGGCAACGAUGAAGAAACUCUGCUCAAGAAUAAAGUGUCUCCUCUGCUUCAGGCCUUAGGAAUCCCAGCUCUUUCUGAGGUUGUAACUCGAGAGGCAGUAUAUUCUGGUUUGGAAGAUCCUAGCUUCAAGGCAUCAUUGGUGAAAUGGAUGAUUCCUUAUGCUCAGCGAUACAUCUAUAGUUUGGACAGUCACAAAUAUGUCCAAUUGAAGGAAUUAAUAGUUGAGAAGUUAAGUCAUUUACAAAUUGUUGUCGUCGAGAAACUACAUUACAAGAAUGUCAUUAAAGGACACAACAUUGAAUCGAAGAAACAUACAUGCGAUUGUCUUCUAGAGGGAAAUUCCUUUUAUUCUAGUAAUUCUACCAAAGAAGCCACUUUUUGUUCUUUAUUCAAGGAACUUGCUCGCGUUUUUACUGACGACUCUCAAGAAGGCACAAACUUAGCCAAUUUUCUUCUUUUGAUCAUGACAUUGGUUAAUUCUGGAUACACCGAACGAAAAAUCGAAUCUUUCGUUUCAAAACAGGUGUCAAAACUUCCCGACGAAGAAUCAGUAUGGUCUCUCUCUGACAACAACCACACGCCAUUAUCAAUGCCAAAAAACAAAGAGGUCUCAACCGCAUCGGAUGAACUUACUGCAAAAAAGAAAAAGAAACCUGGUAUCAACUCAAUCUGGCCCCCGGUUGACUGGAACACUGCACCGGGUUUCUCUAGCGUUCCAAUCUCAACCAGCAGAAAGAGCAGGGGAGUUGGGGCUUCCGACAAAUCAGAAAACGAUGUUGUUCCCGAAGAAGUAGAAAAGCUUUCUCCUCUGCCUGCUGAUAUUAAUCUGUCCGAAUCUCAUAAAGGUUCAGAGGAUCGAGUCUUGAUAGUUCCCUCUACUGGUGAUCAUACUAAUGCAGAGACACGAAUUAAUCGAAAUGAGUUCGGGGGUCCAUUGAUUCUUAACCUUCCUACCACUACGCCCCAAACAUGGGAAACGGGUCGGUUAGGAGAAUCCGAGGCGUUUAACCACUUUGUGAUGCGAUCGGGUGGAAGAACAGUGACAUGGGUAAAUAAGGAGGAAGAGACUGGAUUGCCUUAUGAUAUUGUUUUAGGAGAAGAGGGAAGUAGCUCCAAAGAGUAUAUUGAAGUUAAAGCGACUAGAUCUAAGUGGAAGAAUUGGUUUACGGUUUCGGUUAAUGAAUGGCAAUGUGCUUUCGAGAAAGGAGAAUCGUUUAGUAUUGCUUUCGUUGUUUUGCCUCCGGAUGAAAAGCCGCAAAUAAAGUUGUUUAAGAAUCCUGUGAAAAUGUGUAAGCUGAAACAGCAGCUGCAGCUUGCAGUUGUAAUGGCAAAGCAGGAAGGAGGAUCUUCCAUUACUUGAAUUGAUAAGAGAGAAUGUAUGUACCAUAUACAGGUGAUUGAUUUACCACAUUUAUACCAUUUAAGGAGCUAUUUGGGAAUCAAUUAGAUUUUAAUCAAUUACUUUUAGGAAAUUGUAUAAUUUUAAUAUUUAGAAUCAUAUCUUAUUCAAAACAAUUUUUUUAGUUAA